AAGAACAACCAAAUGUCUGGCGAUGGAAGAAAAUCGUUAGUUGAAUAGAUAAAUAUUAAUAUCCGCUGAGGCACGCAAUUUCCGGUGUCUCUGGCGCGUUUGAGUGACGGUUGUCAUAGUAACAGGAACUCGCAGUCGGUGAAGUUGGGAAAGACACCACGAAAGACCCGAAGGAAGAAAGACGCUUGGGAAACGGUUAGAAACGUGCCAGAGAUUUUGACCGCAGACAGUUUGACGGACAACAUCGGACAUGUCUGAAGCGAAUUCCGAGGAGUUCGAUGACCCUGGAAAAAUCGGGACAUAUGAGGGAGAGAGAAACGAGGCGGGGGAGAGACAUGGAAGCGGGAAAGCCACCCUUCCCAACGGAGAUCUUUACGAGGGCCAGUAUCAGUAUGGACGACGACAUGGAAGGGGCACUUAUAUCUUCAAGAAUGGAGCUCGAUAUGUGGGGAAUUACGUCGAGAACAAGAAGCACGGUCCUGGCAUGUUGUACUUCCCAGAUGGCUCCAAAUAUGAAGGAGCGUGGGACGACGACAUGUUUCAUGGAGUCGGCGUUUACACGUACCCCAAUGGAGACACGUAUGAAGGGGAGUGGAGUGACCACAAGAGGCAUGGUAAGGGGACGUACGUCUUCAAAGAAAGUGGCUCUAAGUACACGGGGACGUGGGUGAACGACAACAUUGAGACGUCUGGAGACUACGUCCACGCUAACUUCCGGUACAGGGGCAAGUUUGUCAACAGCCAGCCCAAAGGUCCGGGCAAGUUUGUGUUUGACGCCGGCUAUGAGCAACAUGGUGAAUACAAGCACACAGAGAAGGGGGAGGAGGAGGAGGAGAAGCAGAAGGUGAUCACUUGGAUUCCCAAAAGAAUCACAGGCCUGACAGACACUGUAUUUGAAGAGAGCUAUGAACCCCCGAAAACUGCAGAAGAAUGAAGAGACGCACAGGCAGAUGAGAUCCACUGAUGCAGCCUCAUCAUGAAUUGAAGAGAAAUACGAUCAUGUAUUCAUGUACUUUGUGGAGCAUCAGUGGUGUCCACUCAUCAGCAGCCAGCCAGUCAGUUCGGGUUCAGGGGACUGUGCUGGUGACACUUGACAGAAGCGGCCCACAGAGGGCAACUAAUGGCGACUUUAGGGCAACUUUUACUAAAAUCAACACUCAGGAAAAAGUGCACCAAACCAAACCUAUACCAACCUGUAGCCAUAUAUGUGAGGUUGUCAUCUAUUUUUGCUCCAUUUCCUUGUCAUCGGUCAAUUCCAAAUCUCAUUUUUUAAAUAAAAUUUUACAUUUUUGUUGACUUUUCUAGGGUUUUAAAAGGUGUAGAGUUAAUUGUUGCCAUUUCCAAAGGACCACGAGGUAGGCAAACCUUCGUUUUUUAAAGAGUACUAGGCCUAAUUGCAGCCUUUGUUUUUUGACCUGUAUUCUGGGUGGUCAAGGUCCCUUUUGUAGCUUCUAGCAAUCCAGAAUCCUUUUUCGAAGUCUAAGAGUGCACUUGCUGAGAAGCCUGCUCAGACCUCUUUUCUGAUUAUCACCAAGCAGUUGAGCUUUUGGGGUCACACACAUGCUACAUUUUAACCAAUAAUUGCAAAAUAUCCCUCUGAUAUCUGAGUCCAACUCUUGGGCAAAGCAGGCUGUUCUGACAGUAUUUAAAGCUGCCAUAGCAUAUAAAAUAUCUAAGACUUCUGACAAAGCUUUAGUGUUUGCCAUGAGUGCUUUUAGUCUGUUGACAGCCUCCAAAACUUUUAACAGUAUUGUUACCAUGGUAACAAUACUGCAGUGGCAGAUACUGCAGCUAGUCAUCUGUAGAAUUAUUAUUUAGUGAAUUACUUGUUUAUUUGUGCAAGAAUUAUUAGAAUACAAAUUAGGCCUACUGGGGUUAGACUUAAAAAAACGAAGGGUUUGCCUACCUCAAAAUUGGUCAAAAAAUGAGAUUUGGAAUUGACAGAUGAUCAGGAAAUAGAGCAAAAAUAGAUUAUCUCGAUAUUCUCAAAAAGACGACUUUAAAUCUUUUUGAGUGACGUACGAUUCUGUAAACCUCACAUAUAUGUCUACAGGUUGGUAUUGGUUUGGUUUUGUGCACUUUUUUCUGAGUGUUGAUUUUAGUUAAGGAGACCUGUGAGGGAUUGACUUUAGAGAAGCUGUGGCCCAAGUUUCACCUGAGGGGGAAGGAGGUGCUGAAGCGUGUCCAGCAAGCGACCAUCAAUGAGCAACGCAAGCAGUGUGGAACCUCGAUUUAAUAAACAUGUUAAACAACAUAA